AUGAGGCAAAAACAUCAAGGGGCAACAAGGGUGAAGCAGUCACAUUUGCAAGCUCUACGAAAAGAGUUUGAAGUUCUUAAAAUGAAGCAAGGAGAAUCUGUCAGCGAUUAUUUUGCUAAAACUCUUACCAUCGUCAACAAAAUGAAGGCAAAUGGGGAGAGCAAGGGAGAUGGUGAAGUGGUAGCAAAAAUUCUGAGAUCAAUGACUCCAGAUUUUAACUAUGUGGUGUGUGCUAUUGAGGAGGCUAAGGAUACAAGUCUCUUGUCAAUUGAUGAACUGCAAAGUAGCUUGCUCGUGCAUGAGCAGCGUAUGAAAAAGAAGUCUUCGCUAGAAGAAAUUCAGGCUUUGAAGAUUUCUUCUGGAGAACAAUUUGGAGGCAAAGGUCGUGGUAGAGGAAGCUCCAGAGGGGAAGGGGAAGAGGCAGCCAAACAUUUGACAGAUCUACCAUUGAAUGCUUCAAGUGUCACAAGUUGGGGCAUUUUCAGUAGGAAUGUUCUGCCAAGGAGGUGA